CGAGCGCAGGAUGAGGGCGGCCAUUGCUGGGGCUCCGCCGCGGGGAGGAGGACGCUGAGGAGGCGCCGAGCCGCGCAGCGCUGCGGGGGAGGCGCCCGCGCCGACGCGGGGCCCAUGGCCAGGACCACUAGCCAGCUGUAUGACGCCGCUCCGGUUCAGUCCAGCGUGGUGUUGUGUUCCUGCCCGUCCCCAUCAAUGGUGAGGACCCAGACGGAGUCCAGCGCGGCCCCUGGCGUUCCCAGCGGUGGUAGCAGGCAGGGCCCCACCAUGGACAGCACCGCGGCUGAAGCCCGGCCCAACACCCGCUCGCUGCAGCAUGCCGCACAGCCGCCGCCGCAGCCUCGGAAGAAACGGCCGGAAGACUUUAAAUUUGGGAAGAUCCUUGGCGAAGGCUCUUUUUCAACAGUUGUUCUGGCCCGAGAACUGGCAACCUCAAGGGAGUAUGCUAUUAAAAUUCUAGAGAAACGUCACAUUAUCAAAGAGAACAAAGUCCCGUAUGUCACCCGAGAAAGAGACGUGAUGUCACGCCUGGAUCACCCCUUCUUUGUUAAACUUUACUUCACAUUUCAGGACGACGAAAAGCUUUAUUUUGGCCUUAGUUAUGCCAAAAAUGGAGAACUGCUUAAAUACAUUCGCAAAAUCGGUUCGUUUGAUGAGACCUGCACCCGAUUUUACACGGCGGAGAUGGUGUCUGCCCUGGAGUACUUGCAUGGCAAGGGCAUCAUCCACAGGGACCUGAAACCAGAAAACAUCUUGCUAAAUGAAGACAUGCACAUCCAGAUCACAGAUUUUGGAACAGCCAAAGUCUUGUCCCCAGAGAGUAAGCAAGCCAGGGCCAACUCGUUUGUAGGAACAGCCCAGUAUGUUUCUCCAGAGCUGCUCACAGAGAAGUCGGCCUGUAAAAGUUCAGACCUUUGGGCUCUUGGAUGCAUAAUAUACCAGCUUGUGGCAGGACUGCCCCCGUUCCGAGCCGGAAAUGAAUAUCUUAUAUUUCAGAAGAUCAUUAAGUUGGAAUAUGACUUUCCUGAAAAAUUCUUUCCUAAAGCAAGAGAUCUUGUGGAAAAACUUCUGGUCCUAGAUGCCACCAAGCGAUUAGGCUGUGAAGAAAUGGGAGGGUACAGCCCUCUGAAGGCUCACGCGUUCUUCGAGUCGGUCACGUGGGAGAACCUGCAUCAUCAGACCCCCCCGAAGCUCACGGCCUACCUCCCGGCCAUGUCAGAGGACGACGAGGACUGCUACGGCAACUACGACAACCUCCUGAGCCAGUUCGGCUGCAUGCAGGUGUCUUCGUCGCCCUCUUCCCAGUCCCUGUCUGCCAUGGACGCGGGCCUGCCCCAGAGGGCGGGCAGCAACAUCGAGCAGUAUAUCCAUGACCUGGACACUAAUUCUUUUGAACUGGAUUUACAGUUUUCUGAGGAUGAGAAGAGGUUGUUGCUGGAGAAGCAGGCCAGCGGAAACCCUUGGCACCAGUUUGUAGAAAAUAAUUUAAUACUGAAAAUGGGUCCAGUAGACAAGCGAAAGGGUUUGUUUGCGCGGCGACGACAGUUACUGCUCACGGAAGGGCCACACUUAUAUUACGUGGAUCCUGUCAACAAAGUCUUGAAAGGUGAAAUUCCGUGGUCACAAGAACUCCGACCAGAGGCCAAGAAUUUUAAAACCUUCUUUGUCCACACGCCGAAUAGGACAUAUUACCUGAUGGACCCGAGUGGGAAUGCUCACAAAUGGUGCAAAAAGAUCCAGGAGGUGUGGAGGCACAGAUACCAGAGCCACCCAGACGCCGCUGUGCAGUGACACCUGCGGCCACUGCCCUUGCUGCAGGACAUAUGCCCAGCAUGGCUCGCCGCCAUCCGGACGCUUCCAGACCACCCGCCAGCCAUCUCAAGGGGGACACAGACGGCAGAACCUUGCAGCUUUUUUACUUAAAAGAAAAGAAGAAAAAAAUACCCAACUACACAAGGAACAAAACCAGUCACGAAAAGGAAUUCAGGGUCGCUUUGCUUGCUCUCUGUGCUCCGUGGAGCUCCCUGCCCUCUCCUCACCUGGGACCGCAGCGCUGUGCACGGCCACCUGACUCCCGCCUGGACUGUGGCCAGAGUCGUGUCACCAGCUCUCCACUGCGUGCCCAUCGCCUGCCAGUCCUUUUGAGGCUGAGGGCACCGGGCCUGUCCCCAGGCUCCCCCUGCCUGGGUCGCCGUGGCGCAUCGCUUCGCAGGGAGCUGUGCCGGCCGCUGCGGGGCGGGGGGGCCUGGGCUUCGUGUGCUCCUUUCUUUGCAUCCGGCCCUGGUUUAUGGCCUGUGCCCCGCGGGCCGUGCUUGCCUCCUCACGCAGCCCUGGCUGCAAGAUUUCUGCGGUCUCGCUGUCUGUCUGCAGUGCUCCAUGUGUCGUGACGGCUGGUCCACUGCAGGCGGGAGGAAUAGCACAGGUUGUCCAGCUGGACCGUGGAGCCACUGCCCAAGGUGGGGGCGCUAGCCGCCCGUUCCCGUGUCAUCCCGCCGAGCAGCCUGGCCUCCGGGCCGGAAACCGAGCACCUCCCUGGAAGGAGCCCCGUCAGCAGUGGGCCCGCCGAGUGCCGGGCGCUCCAGGAGGCGGGCACUGCCCUCCCCCUGCCCCCAUGUGCGGCCAGGGUGGCGGGCAGACCGGCCCGUGGCGGAGUGAGAGCUGAGGGCCCCCCGCCCCAAGCAUUGGUGUGAAAGGCAGUGUGUGCAGGUUAGGUUGGGCAAGGGUGCCUGCUGUCAGCACACUGGUCAGGGCUCUGUCACACCGUGGCCACACGGAGGAGGGCAGGCUCCCAGUGUCACACACACCCUUGUCCUACGAAGGGUGACCAUUCGCAGAGUCUAACUUAAGAGUGUUCCUCCAUGCCCACAGUGAAAACCUGAAAACCUUGUCAUGUUGCCAGGUCAUCUGGUCCCCCUCAAGUGGACUUUGCCUGGGCGAAGGUGUUACUCGCCUUGCACGGGGCAGGAAUGCCCCUUGAACCUGGCCUGCCCGCCUCCGGCUGCAGGCUCCCUUCCUCUUGCUUUCUAGAGGCAGCGCGCUGCUCUGUACUGAGGCUGGUCCAGGACCUCCCAGUCCUUUGAUUUUCUUUGCUGUUGGUCCCUGGACAGAGAGAAUUCCUGUCAGCCUGGUGGGGCCUGGCCGUUUCUCUCCCUGCCCAGGAUGCCUGGGCGGGCAGUCCUGGAGGGUGAGGAUCUGGCCCUGCUGCCCGCACGCUGCUGCUCGCAGACACGUCUCUGUCCUCCUGUAGUCUCGCCUUUGGUCCUUCACGAAAGCACCAACGAAAGGGUCUCCCGAGUACUUCCCUGUCCCAUCCCCCCUCCACCACACAGUGUGACCAGUGGUCCAGAGGAGAGGAAGGAUGCUUCAAUCAGGGGGAGUGCAGAGGUGGAGAGUCCCGCUGGGCCUGGGCAGGGAGAGGGGUGUGGGCGGGAGCCAGGCUUGCCCGUGGUUUCUGCUCAGGCCUCCGAGAGAGAGAGAGAGAGAGAGAGAGAGAGAGAGGGAGGGGUGUGUGUGUGGAGGAUGCCAAGGUGUUGGGGAUGUGCCUGCCCGUGGGGUGACCAGGGAACAGGGCACUGCCUUGGGCACGUGCUCCUGGACUGAGCCCCCUUCCUCCUCCUCGCUGGCCUGGGUUCACUUGCUUUUCAAAAAGUGAGUCUUUCUUGACCCCUUCUUUCAGGACCUCGAUUUCAGGGGACUCCCGGUUCCCUCUGCCCUUGUCCAAGCAGCCGCACCCGCGUGUGUAGCUGGCAGUGGGGGCAGCCUGCUCCUGCACAGCGUCUUUCCGGUGUGUGGUUGCAGGGAAACAAGCAGAGCUGAAGCGUGGCUUUAAAAAGAGCGCUCAGCUGGGCUGCUUGGGGAAAGGCAAAUCUUUGUUGCCUGCUUCCCUCUGGAUGGCGCCACUACCUCCUGGCCUUAACCGACAAGCUCCAUCCUAACCUCCAGAAGCAGAGAAGGAGGGUUCAGGGUUGAGCUUGCACCUGGCAGAGCUGAAGUGACUGCCCUUGCCUGAGCCGGUGACAGCUGAGCCCUUCUCUGUAGGUCACCUUUCUCUGGGCACUCAGAUUCCUCCGUCUUUUUUCUUCUUUAAGCCCCUGUGUCCUCCUUUCUUCCCCUGUGCUUUUUUCGCCUUUGGUUCUAUCCAGCAUACCCAUUGAGCCAUUGCCCUGGCAGGCAGGUGCUUUACGUUCCAAGUUGUGGAUUUGGGGGUCGGUCUGCGCUCACACAGACCCACCUGGAAACAUAUGAGUGCGGGUCUGUCCAGGGUGAGAAGGAAACGCCCUGCUGUGGCAUAGAUCCAGGAGCCAUUUGUCUCAGAGAGAGGGCAGGGAUGAGGGCAAGUGCCAGAGCCAGCACCUGUCAAGCAGAGACGGUCCCACAGUGCAUGGCCUCUCUUGGCCCAGAGGUGGGGAGGGGGGCAGCCGGAAGGCCGCGGUCUCCCCUGCUCCCCCUCCGCUAGACGGCCGCCGUGCCUUGCCCUCUGGGAACGCAGUGGAGCUGCACUUGGAUGGGGUGGCUUCCUUCCCUCUUUCUGUGACCUGACCAGGGCAGUGGGCAGCCCCGUGGGACCACGAAGCCCCACCCAUGAGUGGCACCGCUGCCUGCCUGCCGUUCUGAACUUGACUCGGGAGGCUGGUCACAUGCUUGCUCUGGGAAAGAUGGCUCUGGGGGUCAUGCCAAAGCGGACGGGCACUGCGCCUACUCAAGCCCUCUUGGGGGGUCCUCUCUUCUAUGUGUGGUGCAGGCCUGCAGGAAUUGCAAGGAACAGCCUGUGGCACAGACUCCUUAGGACAGGGUGCCUGUGCAGGGGGCUCUGGGUGACUUUGUACUUUCUGAAAACAUGUCUCCUAAAAAAAUCAGCUGUAGGCUCAGCACCCAGGAGAGACCACUGUGAGCAUACCGAGUGUAGCCUGCCGCCCGCCUCCCCGCAACACACGUGUUUGCUUCUGCACUUGAAGUGGGAACAUGCAACAUACACCGUUUGGCAUCCAGCUUUUUUUCACUUGGUAUUUAUCUUCCUGUCAUGUCAUGAACCAAAUGAUUCAAAAACCUUGUUUCUAAUGAUUGUAGAGUUUAAUGGUUAAUAUUUUUUAUAAUUUAUCUGACCAUUUCACUGCUAGAACGCAUUUAGAUUAUUUCUGGUUUUUCACUAUUUAAAUAAUGCUGUGAUGAAUAUCCUUAUAAAUCUUUCGAUUGUUGACUCUGAUCUCCCCCCCCCCCGCCUCAGAUUCCUAGAAGUGGUAUUUUUGGGUUAAAGAGUUUGUUCAUUUUACAGUCAGUAUAGUCUCCUCCUCUGUCAAGAUCUGUUGCCUAGAUGCUCAGAGUUCCCAUACAGAACUUCCUUAGUUGUGUCCUGUAGAUACUGAACAAAUCAAUUUCUGGCAAGCCGUGUGUUCCCAAAAAUGUUUGAAUAAGACUGCUUUUUUUUUUUUUUUUUUAAUGCUAAAGUAAUGUCAUUACCGCUGGCCAUUAGUGACAUGUUUUUCCAAAAGCCAAUUCCUUAUUUUCAUUGAAAGAACCUGGUUUUGCUUGCAUGUUAACUUCCCAUCCCUGCUUCUACAGCUUUCAAGUGCUUGGCGAUAUUUACAGAAUCUUGUACUUUGUGUCCACAAUGGUACUGAAUUUGCAUCUGCACAGUCAGCAGAGAUAAAAAGUGUUGAACUGACCUUGCCACAUACUUAGUGGAUGAUUUGUAAUUAAACUUAUAGACUCAGUACAUCGGGCCAUUUGGAAUCUAAGAGCAAAGGCUCUACUUGAAGAAGAAACCAUGUAGACAAUUGGAUUUUACAGAAGAGUGUUUGCCCCCUCGUUCUUCCCAUCGUAGGACUCGGAGCGUCCAAGGCCCAGCGGCUCAACAGAGCACCCUGGCCAGGCCUCUUCAUGGUAGAACAUGAUGGACCCAGCUGAGAAGGACUUAAGGGUUUUCCUCCCCUGUCCCCCCGCCCCCGGCCCUAGUGUUGCAGGUCGUCUAGUUGUCUUUAAAGUCCAGACCCCCCAAAUUGGGUUUUCUUCCUUUCUCCUCUUUAGUUUGGGGUCUGUCAAUUCUGAGGGGAGACAUGCAUGAGAUUUUUCGAGGUGCCACGCUUAGUGCCACUUGACUAUGCCAGAGACGCCGGCUGGAUUGUGUGGAAUUAGGUCUCCUACCUUCUUCUGACACCCCAAAUUCCCUUCUCCCGGGGACGUCCACAGACGGCAGGGCAGAGGCAGAGGCAGCAGCCACUGGGAGAGCAUGGAGAGCAUGUGCAGGUACUAUUCUUGGAGAUAGUGCUAUAUAUAUGCGGUUUGCCAUACUGUUUCUUUUCAUAUCCAAACUUAACAUGAACUGAUGGUGACUCAGGUGGGUGUGGCCCUUGCCCCUUAGGCAGACUCCAUGGCAAGUGCCUUAAAUCAGGGCAGGUGUCACUCCCAGAGCCUCUGAGGGUGCAGGCUGCUGGCCCAAGAGUGCAGGGUUGUAAAUUAGGCUGCCUGUGGAGAACUGGUCUGGGGAGGAAGCUCUUCCGGCAAAGGGCAGUUUUACCUGUAGUUCAGACAGCCAUGGUGGGCAACUAAACAGGCCUCAGGUGUACCAGAAUUUACCCAGAACUCAUUUCUUCAGUAUGAAGAACGACCAAACUUUAUGUACAGAUAACUUUUUACAAAAGGCGCACCUUUUUUUAGCUGUGGGGUCCACCCUCGUCUAACCCUUCUGGCUGACUGACUAUAAGUAGGGGCCGUUUUGCUGGUGAAAAGCCUCUGCCAUGAUCCUAUGUUUGAUUGGACACUGACAAAAUCAAAGUUUCGCAAUAUUUAGAGCUGCUGUAGCUAUUCCUUAACAACACAAAAUAGGAUGAAUCAAUAGUAUGCUAGCUGUCUUUCAGGUUGGUGGCAGUCAGAACAUGUGUAAUAUUCUCUACCUGGUCUGUAGCUGUAACUGUGAUGUACAGGCAAAGCAAACAUUAAAAAAAAAAAAAACUUAUGGAAACAAAUAAUACAAUGAUAUUAGGAUAUACACUUUUGUAUUUUUAUUCUUAUAUAAGGUUAUUUGCUGGCUAUUGUUGGCCUCUAGUUCAGUCUGUGUUAUUUAAAAUCUAAUAUAUGAAUUAUUUGGAUUGAAUUCAUGUUCGGGCCACGUUGUUGUAUGUAUUGAUGUACAGCCUUGAAUGUGAAUAAUUAUUGUAAACUAUAUUUUACAACUUCUUUUCUGGCUUUAUUAUAUAAAUUUUCUAUUUGGUCGAUGAUUUAAUCAUAUCAUAAUUUAAUGAAUCUGUUUAUUCUUUUUUUUCAAAUAUUUGUGCUUUAGGUGUAGUUACCGGAUGAUGAAUUUUCCACGUAUGCUCGGUAGUCUUGUAAUAAAAAAGCAUGUAGAGUGUA